UGUACCCGCAGCAGGCCUCCCCACAAAACCUCAACGAACAUCAGGAUCCCUUUAGCAUAUACUGCAUAAUCAUGAGCAACAUGACGGAGAUGAAGCAACAAAUCGAUGCUCUUUGCAGAGCCAUGAAAUUGGAGCUUACAGAACAAAAUAGCGAGCUGCUGGAUUAUGCAGAGACGCAGCUUCAGGCUCUUCAAGCUUUGAUUGAGGACGCCAAAGCUAAGAUAACGCACGACGAGACGUUAGAUGCACUCGCAACAAUACCUAAUAAGCUUCCGGUAGAAGUUGUUCGCAUGGUGACAUUGUCUGGAUUUUUGUCAUCGAAAGAUCUGUGCCGCUUCCUUCUACAGACAGACAAGUUUAUCAAAAACGAGUUCACAUCUGAAUUCGUAUGGAAAAUGAUUCUUAGGAGUCAUUACAAGGGCCUCAAAAUGUUCCACGCUGAGAGUUUCAUCCGCUCGAUGGUGGACGUGAAAGGCUACGAGUGGGUCUUUCGGCAACUUGUUCGAGACGCUGAGUAUGCGCCAGCAGAAGCUCUUCCUGUGUGGAAUGCUCCUCUCGUCACCUUAUCAUCCACGAAUCUGAAGAUUUUUGUCAGUCUUCGAGACAGCUUCAAUGGAGCGGACAUCUUCUCCACGGAGCUUACGGAAAGUGAGGUCGCAGAGUUGGAUACCGCUACAGGUUGUGCGACAAUCCGGUUCCCUAGAGCUGUGGCCGAUGUGAUCAAGAACACCGAGAACCCCACGGUGUACGCACAAGUUCAUUGUUUUCGCUCAGACACUAACCAAAGUUGCUGUAUCCUUUCAGAUAGAGCGCGGCCUGAAGACUCUGAGCAUUUUGAAGUCAAUGCCGGCCAACCUCCUUUGUGGAAACGAAUCAAUUUUGGCGACCCAAAUGAGCAGGGAGCUCUAAAAAUGACGAUGGAAGGACGAGUUCUUCUAACCCGCUGGUACUGCGAUGGGAGAACUGAUAUAGACCGAUUCGAGGACAUCAUUGAUGAAGGAGCUGGGCUGGUGAAUGGAGCUCAUAUCUAUUUUGGAGACGAAGAGCCCACCAUGUGUGUGAACGCAGAUGUCUACGCUGGCGGAGCUUUCAACACUUGUUUUGAUGACUCGGAUCCUGAUAGAGUCUCUGUUUUUGCGGCAAUGGAUCAAUUGAGAGGAUGGGCGUAGAUUGGCUGAGACCGAUCAAAAGCGAGCGUCAUACCAGAUUGUCAAGUUCCUAAUACAACCAGCUCCUGGGAUGAUGAUAUUUUGGCACGAAGAGAUACCGUGCGGUGCAUGUGCUAUGGGUUUGCUAGGCCAUGAUUGGAUUACAGCAGAUAUAUAGCUUCUACGCAUUUAAAAGGUCAAACUAUUCCAACUUCCAAUGAUUCUUUCUAGCUAGGUAUUCACAACUAAACUCUCUCACUCACCCAACCAUCAA